GAUCGCGCACAAUCUUGCUUGCUUGAAACGAAUCGAUAAACAAAAACUGCUUUUCGUGGGCGUUGCCACACUUUGUUUGAGACUGAUAAUUCUGUGAAUUAAAUAGAUAAGCCCUCACGCGUUUCGUGACAUUGUACUCGUUAAAAAAUAGGGCUUCAGUGAUAAUUCACCUCGCAUCGUACCUGUCUCGUAGUGUCUGCUUCCAUUGUUGUUCCCAUACCGAUUUUCUUAUUGAAUUCUUAUAGAAAAAGUGUUUUACAUCACAAUUACAGUGCAAGUAUAAAUUAAUUGAUAGUUCAAGUGUAUAGUAAUUCAUAAUAUCCUCCAAUAACUUUGCGAUACUUGUGAAGUUUAAGUAUGGUGAUUCAUGCAAGAUAAUUUUCUCAAACGGACCGUAACGUCGUCUGUGAUGUGAAAAUGUUCAAAAACAUUGUUCUGACUUUGUGCCUAAGUGUUUAUGUGCAGUGCCAAUCAAAUAAGGAUCUGUAUAAUGGUCAAUAUGGCGAAUACAAUAAGGAAUAUGACCCAAAUCGCGCUCAACGCCGGCCGAAUCCCGGGGACACAGAUUACAGAACUUACGUGUUCAAUAAUAGACGAUACGGGACUGAUCCGACACGGUACAAUCCAUACAACCCGAAUAUAAAUCAGCCGGGCGGAUUCCCAUACAACCCUCUGCCUUACAACCCACUCAAUCCCAAUCCCCUGGAUGAUCAAUACAAGUUUAAUACUAACCGUGACCCGAACAACCCUGAUGCAUUGUUCCCUGGUGUGCUCGGGGGAUGGAGAGAAGACCUGCAAGGUCGGGAGAGGCGAGACUCGCGGCAGCUCAAGAGAGAUAUAUUCGUCACUACCAACUUCGGACAAGUGCAAGGAUUUAAAGUAUAUUUAUAUGACAACCCAGAUCCCAAUUCGGGGUACAGACCUUGGUUGACACCUGUGGAGAGGAUACAGGGAGAAGUGUCGGUGUUCCUCGGUAUACCAUACGCCAGGCCACCUGUUCUGGAAGGCAGAUUUAAGCCGCCCCGUCAACACCCCGGCUGGCAGCUAAUGCAAGCAGUGGACUGGGGCCCGGCCUGCCCCCAGCCAACCCGGUUCACCGGUGCCACCAAAGGCAUCCGAGACAUGGACGAAGACUGCCUCUACUUGAAUAUAUUCUCACCUAAUACUGAGACGGGGUCGACGGCUCAGAAGUACGCCGUGAUGGUCUACAUCCACGGAGGACAGUUCUCAUCGGGCGCUUCCAACCUAUUCCCCGGCCACAUGCUAGCUGCCUUCUAUGACGUCGUCGUCGUGUCAAUCAACUACAGGCUGGGCGCUUUAGGUUUCCUCUCAACUGCCGAUGAGAACUCUCCAGGGAACUACGGGAUCCUCGACCAGGCGAUGGCCCUCCGUUGGAUCCACGACAACAUCGGAGCAUUUAAUGGGGACCGGGCGUCUAUAACGCUGUUUGGACCGGGUGCCGGCGCUGCCUCUGCUGGCAUACUGGCUGUGGCGCCGCAGACUAGAGACCUCGUCACCAGGAUUAUAGCACAGAGUGGGUCAGCGUUAGCAGACUGGGCGAUGAUCGAAGACAAGUUCCGCGUGCAGAACACGUCACUGGUAUUCGGAAGGCUGCUGGGCUGCCCUAUAGACUCGUCGUGGAAGCUGGUCAACUGCCUCCGCCAAGGAAGGAGUUUCUAUGAGCUGGGAAAUGCUGAAUUUCAGCCGCAAGUAGGCUUCAUCCCCUGGGGUCCAGUCUUCGAGCGGAACUUCACGUUCCCCGGCGACGAGUGGUACGAGGGUUGGCGGCAGCGCGACUGGCGGCUCCUCGACACCAUGCCCGAGCAGCUGCUACGCCUCCGCCAGUACAACCCUGCGCUACAGUAUAUGACUGGCGUCACUACGCAGGAGGCGGCCUACUUCAUCUACAACAACGAUUCCCUCGCGCCGUCGUACCAGAUCACCGAAGACUGGUUCAAUCAGAAGGUGGCGGAGUUGGUGCUCCGCUACAACUACACGCUGAAUCCUCGCGGCGUGUACGAGGCAGUCCGAUACAUGUACACGUACCAUCCUGAGCCGCACAACGUCAGCGCUAUACGCGACCAGUACAUACACCUCCUAUCCGACUUUCUCUACCGCGCGCCAACCGACAAAAUGGUCAAACUAUUGCUCGAGCAAAACAUACCAGUCUACAUGUAUGUCCUAAACACCACAGUGGAGGCCUAUCGUUGGCCAGAAUGGCGUCAAUAUGCCCACGAUACAGAACACACCUUCUUAACUGGAGCCCCGUUUAUGGACCAAGAGUUCUUCCCGGUAAAGAUGAGAAUCGACAGGCAACAGUGGACGCCCAAUGAUAGGAAUAUGAGCCACUUCUUUAUGAAGGCGUAUUCGGACUUUGCGAGAUUCGGCAACCCAACCCGCUCUCGCAUCCUCGGCGUGCACUUCGAGCUGGCCAAGGCGGGUCAGCUGCGCUACCUCAACCUCAACACCACCUUCAACUCCAGCAUCCAGCUCAACUACCGCCAGACCGAGCUCGCCUUCUGGACCGUGUACCUGCCCACUGUCAUCGGGCGACUGGUGCCUACUUACCCGCCCAUCACUGAGUUCUGGUGGGAGCCGAAGCAGCCGCUGCAGAUAGCAUUCUGGUCGGUGUCGAGUUUCUGCCUCAUCCUCAUCGUACUGCUAGUCGUAUGCUGUAUGCUGUGGAGAAACGCCAAAAGGGCUGCGCCUCCGAAAUGGAAAAUGGUUCCAGCUGCGGAAACGGAUCGAUACUACAGCGACGACAUAUUUAUGGUGCCCGAGAGCGAAAAUGUCGGAAUCGAGAACAACUCGCGUUCCCGAGACAACAUCUACGAGUAUCGGGACGUGCCUGUGAAGCGCCCGCCUACUCCGCAGACUUUAAGCAGAGCGGCGAGCCAGGCCCAAACGGUGCAAUCGCGGCCGGAUUCCCAAGCCUCCACGGGCUCGGCGCUCUCGCUGAAGGAAAGCGUGGUGUCCCGCGCCCCGGAGCCUCUGCCCAGGGCGCGAUCCCGCACGCAAAUGGUCGCAGGCGUCCCGCAAACCACUGUAUGAAUACUGCAUGGGUCUUACUAACAUUUCGGAGUAUACAAUGAGGGCUAUCAUUUUUAUACUUAACAGUUGGCACUCCUGGCGAUUGACAGGACCUUACUCUACAGUGGCGCCAUCUUGAUGAGUGCAAAUGCGAUAGUCCUCCUACCACUUUAGCACUCACCAGAUGGUGCCACUGUCUUCGCUACUAGCAAGUGACAGGACCUUACUCUACAGUGGCGCUAACUGGUGAGCGCUAAAACGAUAGCCCUCAUUAGAUAAGUAGUUCAACAGGCCUAGGAUGCGCGUCACGCUAAACUUUAAAACGGUAUUUAUAGUUGUUGCAAAUCACGAAGGCGAGUGAGCUUUACAUGUGUGGUGGCAUGCUACUGUUCGUUUUUUCAAAAGUUUUGAUAGACAUAAGGCUGGUUUUAGUGUCACGCGGACUGUCAGUGCGGAUCGCUCCACACAGCCGAUCUGUAUGUACUGCUAGGGAGCGAGCGGUUCCUCCGGACCGCAUUACUCUAAAACGCUCCCUAGAAGUUCAUACAGAUUGGCCGUGCGGAGCGGGUCCGCACCGGACGGUCCGCGUGACACUAAAACCAGCCUUACACACUAAAGUUAUGUGCAUAUGUACACGUUCACACACAAGUAAAUCUCACUCGCCUUUGAGAGUUGCAAGAACUAUUAAUUGAUUUUGCAUUAGCCUUUGUCGUCUAAAAUCGUCGAUAAGAUUUAUCAUGGCGCGCAUAAUAGCCUGGCUGGAUAAAAAAAUGUAUCACGGCUCGGGUAUGCAUCGGUUCGCCAAUAAAAACUAGAAGUUGUGAGUAACCAGUGCGUGUAAUAAAAAUAAACUUUUUUCGGGCAUCAUAAACAAUGCAUGGAACACGGAAUCUUCCUUUAUGAAUCGGUUUUGAUAAUGUCAUCACAUCACUAAUUUUAGAAACACAUCACUAAACAAGUUAUCUUCACGAGAAGAAAUGAUUUCCCGUUUUGUUAAUCAACUUCAGAUAGAUUUUUUUGGAAAUUGCUUGGAAUUCAUUUGGGUGUGAGCAAUCAGUGACUACAAUAUAAUGACAACAAAAUGUAUUAAAUAUAAUACUUUGACACUAUUCAGUUAUUAAAUCCACCACCGCUUAGUAUUAAGUAUAAAUAUGGCAAUUACUUUUAUAGCUUUUAAACUUUAUUUUUUAAUUUAGGUAUAGAAUAUGAAUUCUUCAAUUUAUGGCAUCUUCUUUUAUUUAUAGGUAUUGUGACAGCUAUUUUACAGUGGCCAUUAACAUUUUUACAUUUUAGACUGAUUUUAAUUUAGACAUUUAUAAUUUUAUUCUACACUACUUAUUUUUUGCUUCUAUUUACCUUAAUUUACAUUCCUUUUUUAAAUUAAUAAUAUUAAAACUUAUCCUUACAAGUAUCACUACAAUGUUCAUUCCAACUAAUUUUAAAUAUUAGUUGUUAGAUCUCAAUGGAAUGAAAAGACGUUUACGCGUUUGUGGAGAAAUAAUUAUACUUUUGUUUUUCAUUGAUACUAAAAUAUGUUACAAAAAACGUAUAGUCCCGUACUAAGUACGGGAUUUUAUAAGAAGUGUAUUUUGUUACUUUUAUAGCGUUAUUGCUUUGAACAAGUUACCUAUAAAGUAUCGACAUUGUGUAAUAUUUAGAAAUUAGUCAUAAAUAAAAUGUGUACAGUUUAUAGGAGAAUAUUUGCAUGGACACAGAAAUAAUCGCCCUUAUUUCUUACAAAAUAAGAGCAACAAUUGUAAUUCACCUGUAACGCUUGAUGUGCCGUCGAGUGUUAUUAAUAACAUAUUUUUAAGAAGCACAAUCAAGACUGGAUUUAUGCAUGUUUUAAAUGCAUAAUUAUACAUAAUGAAGGCAGCUUCUAUUUUUUUUGCAUGUUAAAUACGUAAGAUAAACUUUGAAUGCAAUUCCUAAACAUGUGAAUAUAUCUCCGUCUUAGUUAAGUAUGUAUAAGUUUACUUGAAUGUUUGUGAUUGUCUGUCCGUCCAUUUUCAGUGCAAUUUGUGUGUAUUCGUAAAACGUGCCUUGAUGUAAGAUUUAUAUGGAAAAUAACUAUUUAUUGUGAAAAGUAUUGUGACGAACGGAACGAAAACUGCCUUGAGUUUAUCUAAAUAAAAUUAUUUUUUACACAGAA